GUGGAAACACAGCUAAUCCUGCAGCUUUUAAUAACCCUAGUGCAGAUGUAAUGAGAUGUGCUGGAAAAUUACAGACCUGUUCUUCCUUGGUAUCUGCUAUACCCUUAUCAUCUCCUCCUUCUGCACUAUGUCCUAAAGCCCGGGAAGCAAUAGCAUGUGUAAGAGAAAUGGCAUCGACAUGUUCUAAUGUUGUACCCCCACAAUCUCUAUUAGACUUCCAGCGAGCCACUCAACCAUUUCAACAGUUGUGUGAUGGUGACGGAUUAACUGAUACAAGUUUGGCCUCUAACUCUAUCCUAUCUCCUUCAGAGUGUGGUUCAAUGGUCCAAGAAUGUGGAAGUAUGGUCAAUCAAAUUGAUUUCAGUGAUAUGCAGGAAACGUGCAGUGGCUUAAGAGGUAUGGUUCAAUGUAUGGAAAAUGUUGGUGAUAGCUGUGGAGAUCUUUUUCCACAAAUUGAGGGGCAAUUAAAUAAAACUAGAGAUCAAAUCAAGUCAGUUUGUGGUAAUGUAGCUACUGAUACAGGUGUUACCAUUAAUCCUGUGGUAAUCGAAUGUAAAGAUAAACUAAAGACCUGUAAUGCAAUAUUAGCUGAUGUCCCCAGUCAGACAAGCACAGACGUAAUGUGUCCUCAUGCCAAGAAACUUACAUCGUGUGUCGAUCAACUGUUUUCACAGUGUUCUAAAAUUGUUCCAGUACAAACUCUAAUGAAGUUUGAAUUAAGUAUUGAACCAUUUGUUAAAAUGUGUGAGAAUCCGGCAACUACUCAACUUCCAGUUACUGAAUAUGUUGAAACGUCAACUGUAAUUACUUUAGAUAAAAAACCAUCAGUGACACUACAAGACUGUGGUAACAAGAUUCAAAAAUGCAUGACUAUGUUUAAUUCCUUCUCUUUUGAAAAUGGAAAGAAAUCCAUGUGCAUGGAUUUAAAGAAGAUGCUAGAAUGUAAUGAGAACACUGUUUUCCAAUGUAGAAAUGUUGUACCUGCUGGUGUUCAAGCUCAAAUUGAAGGUCAAUUGAAAAAGGCAAAGGAUAACUUUGAAUUUACUUGUCCCGGCAAUAAUAAAGUACCAAAGAAAAAUUCAGGACGAUUUCCUCCGGCAAAGUGUGAAGCACUGAUUUCUAAGUGUAAGAGAAAAUUAGUUGGAUAUGAAGCUGGUAAUAAAGAAAAGUGUCUGCAAGGUUACAAGACAAUGAGAUGCUACAGAAGAGUUGCUAAAGUUUGUAAAUUGGCUAGACCUAUUAGAAAGGAAAUCAAAGCUUUCAAAAAAUCUCAUAUAAAUACUUGUGGAAAAAAGAAGCCAAGAGAUGUUGAUGAUGUUUAUGAUCUUGAUGAUAGUUAUAUUGCCUGGUUGGACAGUGAUAAUAUUGAUGCUGAUUAGGCCAUUACAUUUUAAAUAAAUAAAUGGUGCCUUUUAGAAUUAAUGUUAAAAUCGAAAUAUGUUUUUGUAUUAUUCAUUAUGUUUUUUUUUUAAACUCGAGUAAUAAAAUUUCUGUAACCUGAA